UUAUGAUUUUCCAUUGUUCGUCGUCUUCGCCACGCCAUCGAUGCCUGAUCUCGUCUCCACUGCAAAUUUUCUACCGAAUUGAAGGUUUAGUUCAUACGAUUUACAGAGAGAGUUCACGAUGUCGAUUCCGAUCUCUGUACCGCUGCAAUCUCUUUCAGCAGUGAAAUCCAUGUCGAUUUGCGGCGAUUCAGUUACCCUAACCCAAAAACUCUCGCAUCUAUCGAUCACUCCUUCUGGUUCAAUCCGUUUCAAAUCAAUGCCGAUUCAGAUGGGCGGCGGGCCUCGGACGUACCCCGGAGGUGUCUCGAAGUGGCAGUGGAAGAGAAUGCAAGCGAAGAAGGCGAAACAGCUGCUGAAAGCUCGUUUGGCUCGAGAGCGCCAAAUUUACGAAAUGAGGAAACGCGCGGAGCUUAAGGCCGCCGUUUCCGAACUCGAACGCCCUUGGGAAGUCGUCGAGAAGCCACCAAAUCUGUUCUCCGUCAGCGCUGAUGAGCAAUUGAAGGUGCUUGCGGAUAGGUUUCAAAAGCCGGGCGGACUCGAUUUGUGGUCUGAAAACGACGGCCCCGAGCUGUUUCGGCCUGAUAAUGGCUUGCCGUCGAUGAGGUUUUUCCCCAAAGGCGUUGUUCAUAGCGCCAAGCCUUACGGGAAAAUUGAUACAAUUGAUGCUACUCCUGAUGCAAUUGAGCCUUCUGGUUUGGAGGAAGAUUCGGUAAUUGCAGGGAAAAUGGAUCUGCAACGAAAGAGGAAUCGUAGAAACUCUAGGGCCAGCCAUGGCAGCUCAAGUAAGGGAGAAAAUGUGAAUGGUAAUAAUCCUGAGUGUAGAAAUAGUUUGGCAAGUGUAGCAAAAGAAAAGGUUCGAAUUAAAGGCGGUAGGAGAAAGUAUUUAGGUGAUUUAGAAGGGAAGAAUUAUGAGAUGAAAAUGGAUUCACAAGUGUUCGACAUGAGUUUGCAAAACGAUGGGGUUUAUGGAUUCGAAUUGGAUGACUUAAUUGAGUGAUGUUUAUGCAAAUAUGGAGCUGAAGUCGUGGCUUGAUCUUCGAUAAUCUUUGUUAAAUGAAGUGUUAUGGCCGAAGAUACAGAUUGUUAAUACAAGUUUGUUCAGUUCUUAGCUUGUUCUGUCGAACGGAGAUUGGAUGAUCAGGUAUCGUUGGCUAUUCUAAUGUAUUGAUCGUUGUUUUGGAAGCCAUAGAUGUUCAUGUUCAACUUUAUACCUAAAGCUCACUUUGGAAUAAUAUUUGUGCGGAAAGUGUUUAUAAUUCA